AUGUCAGAUAAAUCAAAUAAAAGCGAUGACAAAUCAAAAAAACGAGACGAUUCUCAAAAAGCUGGUCCAUCAAAACCCUACGACCCAGCAUUAGAUGUAACAAGUAAACAUUUUGAUCCGCUAAAAGCUUUACGUUCUGAUGACGUUAUUUUACCGGUGCCAAAUGCUCGUGCUUUUGAUAAUAUCGCAAAAUUUGAAAGUAUGUAUAAAAAAUUCGACUUUACGAAAAUGUCAAUAAGUGAGGUUAAGUCGAAGCCGGUGAAAAAAGAGGAGCCAUCUAACAUUUCGUUUGCAAGUGUUCGGCGAUUUUUACCGCAUCAAGAACCGGUGAGAGCUGAACCCCGAAAGGAAAAAUCUAAUAUGCUUAAAAAAAUGAAAGAACCAAUAGCAGGACCUUUAGAUGCCCUCCGGAAAUGUUUACAACCUGGUGCAACAAUAACGGUCGGGCACAAUGCUCGGCCGCCCGCUGAGACAACCGUAAUAGUAAAAGGAUUGCUUAACUCAACAACACAGAACUCUGGCAGGUCAACUGGCCUGGAACCGGUGAGAGCUGAACCCCGAAAGGAAAAAUCUAAUAUGCUUAAAAAAAUGAAAGAACCAAUAGCAGGACCUUUAGAUGCCCUCCGGAAAUGUUUACAACCUGGUGCAACAAUAACGAUUCACACGCGUCGGGCUCACGAGGUUCGAGGCACCUUGACUGGGACGCUUCAGGCCUUCGAUAAACAUUGGAACAUUGCGUUAUCAAAUGCAACGGAACGCUGGUCUAGACGAAAAUCUAACAAAAUGAAAGCACCCCCGAUGAGCGCAGGUUGUCCAAGCAACAAACCAAAUAAAAUUCGCGUUAAAAUUCCUGAAACUAAAAUAAUAAGCAGCAAAGGUAAAAAUGAAGUUUGUGAACGAUUUGUACCGAAAGUAAUGAUCAGAGGGGAACAUGUUGUUUUAAUAAUAUUAAACCUCCAAGAGAAAGUUAAGAAGUAA